UUUCUUGUUGCGUUUUGCGAAAACUGCGACUGUCGAGUCUCGUUCGGGUUUGCUUCAUAGCAAGUGCGUUCGUAUUCGCUUAUAUAUGGUGAAAAUUGAGUAAAGUAGACUUGGUGAUAAGACUCCAAAAUGUGUUUCGAUGACACUUAAAAUAUUAUAGUGCUUGUAAUUACGAGAUGAUAAUAGUGCAAUACUUUCAAUCGUUUCAUUACACAAUAUCGUGAAGGAAGUGUUUGUACCUAUCUACAUCAGAAUGUCGACCGAACAGAAAGCUUUUUCAGUACAAGAUUGCUUCCCUGAAUCCUUGUUUGACAUAUGUAUGGACUUUGUUGUGGUAAAUUUGAACACGAUUACUACCUUGGAUCCGACAACCCGCUGCCUCAGACUGAAAGAUGAUGUUAUAUUGCCUGCUGAAAUUUGUGAGAGAUUCAUAAGCGCGUAUCAAAGAAAAUACCGCAUCAAUGACAAUAUUGCUAACUUAUUUAGUGAUAAGUAUCGCACUCGGCUCGACCGUGUUAGAUUGCGAAACUCCCGCAUUACUGAUAGUGGAUUGCACAGCAUGGUGAUACAUAGGCCCUAUGAGGUGGAACUGGUACAGUGUGAGCACCUAUCCCACGCCUCCCUAGAACACAUUAACAACAACAGUCACAACUUGAUCUCUUUAAAGUUUGGCCCUGUGACCCAUGUCCUGUCACAAGAUGAAGUCAUCUAUCGAGAACGGGGCUAUAUUAUCAAUGCACCUAAAUUGAGGAGACUCAUUAUACACCGACGUGGACUGGCUAUAUUCCCAUUGCUCUUAUUAAAACCUCUGAAAAAUCUGACCUACCUGGACUUGUCUGAAUGCACAUCGGCUGGAACCAUAUGGGCACUCAAUGCAUUGCACAACCUGAGAGCUCUAAUCCUUCAUAGUGUGCAUUGGAACAAAGAUUUAAUUGAGUGGAUUUCUACUCUGCAUACUUUGAGGCAUCUGGAUAUUUCACAGUCCAAUGAUAGGCACGGAAAAUACUUCAACCCAAAUGAGGUUUUGACAAAACUUGUAACAAACUUACCUGAGUUAGAAUCAUUGGAUAUAUCAGGUACAAACCUGGCAGGAACCGGUGCAGCAGCGGUUUCUACUCUAAGCCAGGGCACCUCUGACUGUAUGGAAAUGGAAGUACGCUGUGACAUCCCAGGAUUAGUAAGCCGAGUGAAUCGCCCUUUGGAGUUCCUUGGUUUAUAUGCAACCCAUCAUGGAGCAUGCAAGAGGCAUGACAUCCCAGCUAAAAUUAUAACCGGUGACGCAAACGAGGAGCAGAUCCUGACGGCAGCGUGCGCUUACAUGGAGCGACCGGCGCUGCUGACCCGCGUCCUCAACGAUCUUUAUUACUUAUUCCGUUACGAGAACAAUGCAUACGUAGGCCGUGCCCUGCGCGUCGUGCUCGAUGCGAUGGACCAGCACGUUUCUGAAAAACAUAUUCAGAUUUCUGGCAGUGCAACUCUGUUCUACAUAGUAAAAGGGAAAGAAAGAGAUCGUAUUGGGGUGAAACUAAAGAAACGGAUCAUUACUGCGCUGCUGGACGGCAUGGAGGCCCAUCUCGGUGACGAUACCAUGAUGAGGAAUGGUUGUCUUACGCUGUGCCAACUGAAGAUCCCGAAUGAUGUGUUGUUCGAGUACGAGCGUGUGGUACAAAUUCUUUUAAAUGGUGUGGCUGAUGUAAACCAAGAGGGUUUCGUGCAACGCAUCGCGAUCUACCUGCUAAACUCCCUGGCAUGCCAGGUUGACGGCAAACAAAAGAGGUUCCUCGGCAACCACGGAGCUAUUGGCAAAAUGCUGACUCUAAUAUCAGACCGGCUCGAGAGGCGUGUGUGUGACGACGUGCUGGAGGUGGCCUGGUCGACGAUGUGGAACGUCACCGACGAGACGCCGCAGAACUGCCAGCGGUUCCUGGAGAACCGGGGCAUGGAAUAUUUCCUCGCUUGCCUCAAGAUAUUCCCCGAAAAGGAGGAGCUACUACGCAACAUGAUGGGCUUGUUGGGCAACGUGGCUGAAGUCGCUGAUCUUCGACCGCAACUCAUGAACAAGCUGUUCCUCUCUGUUUUCUACGAGUUGUUGGACUCUUGCAGCGAUGGAAUCGAGGUGAGCUACAACGCUGCUGGAGUACUUGCCCACAUGGCAUCCGAUGGUCCGGAAGCGUGGACAGUGGAUGAGCCGGCGCGGCACCAGGUGUUGCAGCGCGUGGCCGCGGCCGUCGACCGCUGGGACAUGUACGCCGAGCGGAAUAUCAAUUACCGUUCCUUCGAACCGAUACUCGGCCUCCUACACGCGCAUCACACGCCGCAGUGCCAACACUGGGCCGCCUGGGCUCUAGCCAACUUAACCACCGUGUACCCUGACAAAUACUGCAACUUGGUCGAGUCUGAAGGAGGAGUGCGACUACUGAACACUUUGCUGACCGACCCCAGGGCCUACCAGAAAAUCAAGCACCUGGCCCAAAUCGUGAUCCAAAACUGCGCUAAGUACGCGGCAAGCAACUCCAACACCCCGCCGCCAGGAGUCACACCGGACAAUUAACUAACGGAGUUCUUUGAGGAGAUCUAUCCUCAAGUGCGCGACUAGCGUGUGUCGAGCCCCGUGACCCACGUGCUGCUCCGCGACGCCUUCCGCCAUGAUGACACAUAUUGAUCCUUCAUCGGUCCGUGAAGUGCUUCAUUAUCGCUACCCGCGUAUGGACUUGAAUUCAAGCCAAAAGACUUUUGAAAGUUUUUCGUAACUAUCAUUACCUAAGGAAUCACUGUGUUAGUACAAUAAGUAAAUUAUGGGUGGCGUGUGCCAGUAACUUUAAGUGUCAUUUUAUCUGUAUUAGAAUAGUACUAAUACCUACGAUCAUAAACACUCAUGUAUAUCGAGCUUAAAGUUGUCUCUUUGCCGAGAAACCCUACACUUUGUGAAAUCAUAAGCACAUAUACCAUUGUGGGCCGUGCCCCUCCCAUACUCUCUUUUUAUUACUAAGCUAUUUUCCUAAUAGGUAGUAGUAAACAAAAUAAGAUUACUCUUUACUAAAAUUAUUAAACUCGACGUAGUAAUAGAGUUAAUAUAUUAUUUAUUGGUAAGGAUAUACAAGAAUUUAUGUUUUAAAUCUGUAUUGUAAUAUAUUUCUGAUUUCGCAGAAUCGUAGUGAUCUAAUGCAUAUUUUGGAUUUGUUUAUUAAUUAUUUAAGGUAAUGCGUUUGCCUAAUGUGAUUACCUAAUGUAUUAUAAAUAUCAGGUAUGCCAUUGUAUGAUCUACACGAAAACUAACUUCAUGUUAUUUCAUAUGGUGACACAAUGUAUCUAGAAUAAUAAUAAUUUACGUUAAAAUCUCAAAAAUAUGUAUAGGGAUUUAAAAUUAUUUUAGCAUAAUGAUUGAACAUCUCGUUCUAAAACAUUUACACAUUUUGUAUUGGAGUUGCAAAAUUUACAAAUAUUUAAUCGAACCCAAAAUUUAGGGAUGUUACAUGUUUGAGGCAUAUCUACAAAUGAGUCUAUUUUUGUUUGCGGCGUUUAACGAAGCAGUUUUUUUAAGGAAAAUUUUAUAGAUUUUAAAUCUGCCUUAAACAGUACAGAAUCGGGGCAUUCUACCGACGACGCGUACCAAAUUGGUAUGGCAAAUAGACAACGUCAUUCAUCAAACAUCACAAUAUCUAUAUAACAACUGCUAUAUGUAAAUUGUUUCUGCCAAUGUUGCAGUUUUUUAUUGUAUUAUAAUGCACCCUAAAUGUGACUGUUUUUCUAACCCUUAAAGAGUCGUUGUUUACGCUUGCGGAUUCAGAUUUUAUGUUUUAUUUAAUUAGACAGCGUGGUGUAUCAUACUUUGACAGUAUUCUGUGUAACCGUAUUAGUUCGCAAAACUAAAAAGAGUGUUUUUAAACAAACAUAAUUUAGUUUGCGAUGUAAUAUUUUAUAACUUAGUUUGUUUUCGGUUUCUUACAAACUUUUUUACAUUCUAAUCGGCGGUCAAUCGCUAGUCUAUAAGCUGAUGAGCUGAGUGUCGAUGGCAGGCAAGGUGAAGAGGUCAGCGCCUCAUCUACCUUUUUAGAUAACUUCCUUUUCAGUCAACCGGGCUUUGAAGUAGGAAGUAUAAUUUAUACAAAAACAUAGUGAAUACACAUGCAAAAAAUAGCUUCAUUGUUGAUCCCGAAGAACUUGACGUUUCUUUCAACAGGAACAAAAUCGCAUUCCGACCAAGUACCGUCCUUGAAGUGUUUCCACUUCAUCGUUCCUGCAUCAUGCACCUUACAUCUUUCUCAUCCACCACCUUACAUCUUACUGCAAUUGCAUAGGAUCAGAGCUGUAAUUGAUGGCGAUCAAAGUCUUGUGUAAACCUCUUACGUAAUUCUGAAAUUGAUGGUCAAAACCACUUGAGCCAUUUAAGAAUACAUUUCAAUGAAAUGGGCUGUAUCAGGAUUUGAGGUUUUUCACUCCUUUUAAUAAAUCAUACAAACUUAGAUGGGCUCACACAGCGUUUGACCCAGGGAGGGGAGGGUGGCAAUGCCAUUUUUUACUAGAUCCUUCGUUGACCGAUGUUCAAGAGGUUCCAACUCAAACCCCAGUGCCAGACUCUGUAGACAAAAGUUUCUUAAGAAAUGACAGACUAAAAACGUACCUCUAGUUCGUAUAUUUUAGGCUACGGUUUCAUUCUUUUAGGGCCGUACGAACACGAAAUUGCCUGGCCUCCUCCUGGAACUUGACUGACGUCCAACCCUCCCCGAGUAGCCCAGUUUUUUUUUGUUUUAGUAACCAAUUUUACCGGAUAUAAAAUUGUCGAAAAUCAUGAUAUGAAUGAAUGAAUUUCAUAGGUCCGUCCCGCUUUCGUUGACAGAAUAUAAAUCAAAUAUUUUGAUACACGAUUCUAUUAUUACUUUAUUACUAGUCAUAUCAUUUUAGUUAUGUGGAUAUACGGAUUGUAUUAAUAUUCAUAAAUUUGCGAAAACUAGAUACUCGUCUGGUUACACAGUUGUGUGACGAGUUAAUCACGUGACAAGAAGUCGAAAUGACAAGAUUUACAUUUGUUUGGUGUUUAUGUUGUUAUGUCAUUAUGAUCCUGCUGUCCAUGCUACUUGACUGUAUACUAUCUUCGAAGUUAACACGUAGGUUUGAUCAAUAGAUACGGUGAGCACCAUCCCCAUGUGCUUACGAUGAGUUCGUGUUGUAAUCGCGUUAAUAUCUCGACUCAUUAUAAUAUUUAUUAUAUUCGUAAUGAUUAUUUAAGCAAAUACAAGUACUUGAUACGCAUCUCUUUUAUGUGUCUAUUUAAAUUGUUCUAGCACAUAGCUGUAAUAAUUUCAUAAUGUAGUUAACCAAGUUAGACGUCACAUAAUAAUUGUAUUUCUGAAUGUACCCAUUACCCAUUAUAAUAUUUCGUGUGCUAUCUAUUCUAUUUUAAGAAUAUGUAUCUUUAGAUUCGUCAAUACUCAUGAUAGAGUUAACAUUAUACAAUAGUGGACUACUUAUAUAUCUCAUAGUUGUCAUAUGAACAUGGGCUGUCGUUAAGGUGAUCGCAGCGCGGCUCUGGACGAGACGAGAGGGCCACGUCACCGCUCGUGAUGUCUGCCGCUCUCUGGACCGCGCCCACUUACUAUGGAGUUACGUGUGCUAAGUUUCGGACUUGACAAAUCACUACUAUAAGUGUGUUUAGUUGUCGUAAGGUCCUUUUAUGGCAAUAUAAUACAUUAUCUUACUUAAUAAUCAAUCUGAUAAUAAGGUAUUAAUAUUGUCAUUACCUCUUCAGCACUCGAGGCACAAUGUAUACAGGAAAAAGUACACGAACAUGUUGAACGAAUGACGAAGCUGUGCUAAUCUACUGAACCUGUAUAGAAAGAACUCACGUAGCCGACAUCAGUCAACUAGGAUUUAACACGUUUUCAUUAAACCAAUCUUUACAGUGCUAUCGGUCGGUAUUAUUGUGAUUAGUCAAAUAGUAUUACAUUUCAAGAUGAGUAAAUAUCGAUAUUGUAAUAUCUUAAUCGAUAAACGAAUGUUUUUUGAUAAAUAGGUGUGUGAAAAUAAAGAUACAGGCGUUUCGAUCCCAAAUUUGACUGCACUGGUCGAUACUUAUAAGUACGGGCUCAACUACUCAAUAGAAACAUGUAAAUCUGUGACCAUAUAAAUCUUAUUGAACCUCUUCUUAGUUGAACGAUAGGUUAUUUAUCUUUGAAAGGGUUCAUUACAAAUUUAAAAAAGGCUCCUAUAAGGUUUCUUACACGAUACAUUUUUAUCAUUCAUUGUUUUUACAAGCUGUAAAGUGGUUAAUUUCACUUCUGUGGUAUGUACUUAUUUUUCUCACAGAUUUGAUACCAAAUACCAAAGACUAGUUCCAAAAUUUCGCAUUCACCUCCAUUUUUCCGAAGUCAGGAGAGGAAGGGUAUUCUGACAAAUGUUUAGCGCCGUACAUAUGUAUAUAUGCGUAACAUCGGUAUCGACAAGUUUUAGUCUGAUAUGAUGAGGGCAGAAGACUGCCAGUACCGAUCGCUAAUUAUCGGUAACAACCUAAUCGUACUUAUAGCCGGUGUCUCUAUGUUUGCACACAUGAGUAUCAAAACAUUUAUAUGAGUUAUUUUUUGGGUUUUGUUGAUUCCACGUGCAGCUGACCUUUACAUUUAUUGAUUAUAUUUUGUUUACUUGUUGCUUUAAUGAGAAAUAGAUUUUUCAUAAAUACUCCCUAUUUUGUUGUUCAAUUAUGUUGAUUAUUAUGUAUAAUUUCUUGAAAUUUUACCUGAUUUUAAUUGAGUGUCACGUUUAGAGAUUAAUAUGUUAUCAAUAAAUAAAUACUUGAUUGUCUCA